CGAUCAGCGGUGUUCGAAAGUCACGCCCGGUCGUAUCGACGACGCACGACUCGCGUCGUUCAGCCGAUACGUCGCCGUUCGCGGACCAGGCGCCCGAGCUCACGCGCCCGAAUUCCACCGGGGAUUUUAUCGGGAGAUCGAUUGCCCGAUUCGGCCGAGUCGACGGGUAGCAGACGACGCGAUGAGGAACGCCGCGAUCGGACCGCAGGCGGACUCCAGGAAGUCCAACGCCCCCGCCUUCGGCUUCGGCGCCGCCGACAGGAACGCCUCCGCCAAGGUUUACGUCAGCAAGGAGCACAGCAAGGUGGACUUCGGCAAGCUCGGCCCAGGCGCGGUGUACGAAACGAAAUCGUCCUUCGGCAAGCAGGUGGACGCCAAGAAGCGCUCGCCCGCGAGCGUCGGAUUCGGGUCCGCGGACAGGUUCCUGCAGCCCUCCGCGUCACGGGCCAAGCGUAACCCGCAGGUCCCCGGCCCGGGUUCCUACCCCUUACCCAAAGCCGUCGGCAAGCAGACGCAGAGCAAGGCGAUAACGGAGGGGUCCUUCGGGUUCGGCACCAGCACCCGCGACCACGCCGAGAAGGUGUUCAUCGGCAAGGAGCAAGCAAAGGUGUUCUUCGGGAUGGAAUCCCCGGGUCCCGCCGCGUACAAGGUGUCAUCCGGCGUGGGCAAGCAGCCGGAGAGCAGGAACACCACCGAACCCGGGUUCACCAUCCCGCGGGGCGGCCGCGGGAAAGACGUCGACAUGGAGCGAGCCCGGAAACUUCCGGGCGCGGGGCAGUACAGGACCGUGGCGAGCGUGGGGGCCCAGCCGCGGUCGGAGAACAGGACCGCGCCCAAGUACGGCUUCGGCACCGGCAGCCGGGACGGCGCCAACAAGGUGUUCCUGGGGAAGGAGCAGGCGAAGGUUUUUCUCGGGAUGGAAUCACCCGGGCCGGCGAGCUUAGGGCCGAAGGCGUUCGGCGGGACCGGGAAGCAGCUGUUGAGCACCAGGGCGUCGGCGCCCAAGGCGACCUUCGGGACCGGGGUGAGGGGAUCGUACGACGUCAACGCCAACCCGGGUCCCGGGGCGUACGCGUGA